GAACAAAUUAAAUAACAAUUUUUAUUACAGAAGUUCUAAUCAUGUCUAUCAUGUCAACAUAUUUUCAGUUUAUUUCCAUGACUUAUCUGGUCAUUAAGGCGACCUUUUGAUGCUCAUCGGAGAAGUAAAAUCGUGCUGGCGUCUUCACGUUUGUUCUUUCGACAGAAUCGAAUGUGCUUGAGAUUUCUUCCAAAAUCCGUGGUUGAAGGUAUGAGUCUGAUCUCUGUUAUCGUUCUCGUUGAUACCGCUGGGCUGCAUGAUGUCCGAUGUUGGGACGACGAGAGAGCGAAAUAGAAAAAUCAAAUCCGCGGUUUUUGUGUCACUGUUUCACCUACUUGAGUUGUUCCCAGUCUUUGCUGCGUCGAUGAUACUUUUAGUUUUAAUCGCUACAACAUCACAGUGACCAUCUUCUAGGCGUUUUGACCACGACUUUGAUUUGAAAAUACCUGAUAUGAUCAAUCUUAGGUAAUAGUACAUGUAAAAGGCAGAUCGUCUUACUUCUUGACAAAACUACGCACAAGAAUAUGAAUCUCCAACAGAAGAUGUAGUCGGCGAUGACUCAAGAAGAACGAAAAGACUUGAUAGGUAAAUGAAUGAAUGAAUAAUUCUACAAGAACAUUUCCUUUGGAGAGCAUAGCAACAUAGCACAACUCAAUAAGUUACUACAAGAUGGAUCCUCCCGGCCAGCAUGAGCACUUAUUCAAGCUGCUCAUCAUUGGCGAUAGCGGAGUCGGAAAAAGUUGUCUCAUGCUUCGAUUCACGGAAGACACGUUUAACGAGAAGCAACUGGCGACGAUUGUUAUGGCCUGCUGGCUGCAAUAUAUAAGGAACUUCGUUAAAAACUUUGUAGCAAAGAAACGCCUGUACGAGUUAUAGAUAUUUAUGUGUAGAAGAUAUAAUGCGUUCUUCCACUAGAAGAACUGAUCAUGGAGACUUGUUGUCUUCACCCCAUGAUCAUACCCACUGCCAGCACUGUUCUCCUUUCAUUUGCCGAGUCGAUUUCAAAGUCAAAUACGUGACCGAAAAUGGCAAGCGGAUUAAGCUAGCCUUGUGGGACACGGCAGGGCAAGAAAGGUUUAGAACACUCACUUCGAGCUAUUACAGAGGCGCACAAGGGAUUAUCUUCGUCUACGAUGUCAGUGAACCAGAGACCUUCGAAAACGUCAGGCAAUGGCUCCACGAAGCAGACAGUUACAACAAAAAUGUUGUGAAGUUAUGAUGAGAUAUGUGAUCAUUAUCGAUGUCGGAAUAGCUAUAGCAGAUCAUAGUUCAUCGUUUUCCAGUAAUUUGAGUACGUCGUGUGGCUCACUAAUAGUACGAGUUGAAGAUCAUUCUACUAGAAGAUCUAAAUGUACUCUGUACUUACAAAAGAUAUAACUACAUGAUGUUGAACAUAAAAGUUAAAGUUUUCUUUCCCCCUUUCAUCCUCCAUGCUAGUAGCGAACAAAGUCGACUUACCAGCCCAUGAGCGAAAAGUGAGCAGUAGGCAAGGAGAGGAUUUUGCUUUGGAAAACAGCAUGAUGUACAUUGAAACAUCAGCGAAGACCAAGAUUGGCAUCCAACAAGCCUUCACGGAACUAGUAUUGAAGAUUUUAGAUAGUCCAGAUUUGCUCGAAGGGACAAUUCCACUGGGCCAGCGACGUCCGAACAACAAUGUGAGAUUAGACCAAGCAAGAGGACCAGGUUAAGGCUGAAAAUGAAUUUUUUUUCAGAAGAUCAUACCAUGAUCAAGGUCAAAGAUCAUAAUAGCAGGGACAAUCUUGGAGCACUUUCUUUUUAUACAUUUUUUCAGAAGAUCUAGAUCGGUAGGAAUAGGUCGCAUAGGAUGGCUUUGCUUAGAAGAUCUAGAUCAUGUACACUUUCUUAAGAAUACUAGGACGAUUUUUAUGUAGCCCCGGUGACAAGGUUGAUACUUCUUCUAGUUCUAGCAAAAUCUAAUCACAAGGACAGAUGGGAGGCGGCGGAAAUAUGGGAGGAUGUUGCUAAAAAUUCGGAAAGGAGGCAACGCGAGACAUCAUAGCACCAGAUUCCCUCGUCUUUGUUAUUCUUGUCAAGGGACCAUGCCCAGCACCAUUUUUAUCUUCAUCAAGCUUCGGAUGGACAAGUACCGAGCGAGACUCCUUCAUCUCUUUGUCGACGUCACUUGAUUAGCGAACAAUCUAUGAACAUGUUCGUCAUUCUUGAACCACUCUAUGACCACCAUGUCAACAUUUCAAGCCUUCCUCAGUCAACUACAUCAUUUUGGGUCCGCUUUAGCAUGACCCGAAGAACCCCAUAACGACCCAGCGUUAUCUUCGUGUGACAAGGAAGUUGUGAAGAAACACUCCCGCUUCAAACCCGUUGUAUUUUUUUGACACUGGAACGAACCAUCAUCAUCGGAGAGCAUCG